UUUCCGGUUGUCCUUUGAACUCCGCGUCUCCUCGUUCUUGAAUGGGGAGGAGGAGGUGAGGUAGUGGGGUUUUCCAUCAGUUGUUGCCUAGCGCGUGUGAGGGAUUGCAGUUAACGGUGAUUGAUUGAGCAGCUGGUGACAAGAUGCAGGUCUCGAGCGUGAAUGACGUGAAGAUUUACAACCUGAGUUACGGAAGGUCGCUGCCGGAGUGGCUUUCAGAUAGAAAUAAGAGACGUUUGCAGAAGGAUGAUGUUGAUGUACGUAGAAGAAUUGAGCUUAUCCAGGACUUCGAGAUGCCGACAGUUAGUACCACCAUUAAAGUUUCAAGAGAUGGGCAAUAUAUCAUUGCAACUGGAACGUACAAGCCACGGAUUCGAUGUUAUGACACAUACCAGUUAUCAAUGAAGUUUGAACGAUGUCUUGAUUCAGAAGUUGUAACGUUUGAGGUUUUAUCAGAUGAUUAUUCAAAGAUUAUUUUCCUGCAGUGUGACCGUUAUGUAGAGUUUCAUUCACAGCAUGGCCACUAUUAUAGGACACGAAUCCCUAAGUUUGGUAGAGAUUUCUCCUAUCAUUAUCCAUCAUGUGAUCUCUAUUUUGUAGGAGCAAGUUCUGAAGUCUACAGAUUGAAUUUGGAACAGGGACGAUUCCUAAAUUCUCUACAGACAGAUGCUUCGCAGAACAAUGUAUGUGAUGUUAACCCUGCACACUACCUGUUUGCUACUGGGUCAACUGAGGGUAAAGUGGAAUGUUGGGAUCCACGGACAAGAAACAGAGUAGGAAUGCUUGAUUGUGCUUUGAGCAGUGUGACAACUGAUGCUGAAAUUGAUGGUUUGCCUUCUAUUUCUGCUUUGAAAUUUAAAGGAGCGUUGCAUAUGGCUGUUGGCACCGCAACAGGUCAGGUUUUGUUAUAUGAUCUUCGUUCAAGCCGUCCACUGAUUGUCAAGGACCAUCAUUACGGACUACCAGUUAAAUCGAUUGAAUUCCAGGAACAGUUAGAUUUGGUUAUUUCAGCAGAUUCCAGGAUUGUAAAAAUGUGGAAUCAGAAUACGGGGAAAAUAUUCACUUCUGUUGAAACACAGCAUGAAAUCAAUGACCUUUGCCUUUAUCCUAACUCAGGAAUGUUCUUCCUGGCUAAUGAAUCGCCUAAGAUGAAAACAUUCUAUGUUCCAACUUUGGGACCUGCACCCCGCUGGUGUUCAUUCCUGGAUAAUUUAACAGAGGAACUUGAAGAAAACCCAGAAACUACAGUGUAUGAUGACUAUAAAUUUGUCACUAAAAAGGAUCUAGAAAACCUGGGUCUUGCUCACCUUAUUGGUUCUCCACUGCUUCGUGCAUACAUGCAUGGCUUCUUUAUGGAUAUUCGACUAUAUCACAAGGUGAAAGCUAUGGCAAAUCCAUUUGCCUAUGAGGAGUAUCGAAAAGAUAAAAUCAGGCAGAAGAUAGAGGAAACACGUGCUCAAAGAGUGCAAGUAAUGAAACUUCCAAAAGUAAACAAAGAGCUAGCAAUGAAGUUUAUUGAAGAAGAGGAAGCAGAAGAGCAAGUACAAAAGAAGAAAGGAAAGAGUCUACCCAACAUCCUACGAGAUGAGCGGUUCAAGGUCAUGUUUGAAAAUCCAGACUUCCAAGUGGAUGAAGCCAGUGAAGAGUUCAGACUCAUAAAUCCAAUUGUGUCUAAAGCCUCUGAAAAAAGGAAGAAAAAACUUAAGCAAUUGCAAGAGCACAGAGAGACUGAACAGGAGGAAGAGGAGUUAGAAGGAAAGCCUAGUGAUGCAGAAAGCUCUGAAAGCUCCGAUGACGAUCGAGCCUGGGUUGAAGAGGUCCAAAAACAGCACAAACUCCUGCGCAGAGAACAAAAAUUGAAACUAAUGGAAUGUGAUCAGCAAACUCAUUCAAAACCAAAAUUCUUUGAGAUCAAAGCUGGAGAAGAGUUCAAAAAUUUUAAAGAUGCUGCCCGAAAACAAAAGCUGCUCAAAACAACACUUGAAGAUCGCUUGAAACAUGAGGAGAAGACUGGAACACUCCAUCUAUCUGACACCACAGUAGGCAGUAAACAGUUAACAUUCACCCUUAAAAAGUCUGAACAACAAAAGAAGCGACAAGAGGCAGAAAAACAGCAUCAUGAAGAAAGGAGGCGACUCAGGCGUUCUGCAGGACACCUUCGAGGCAAAGCAGUGAAAGGGAAGCCAUUCUUCUAAAACAAAAUAUUGUUGGGUUUCCAUUUUAUUUCCCUCAAUGAAUAACUGGGAGCCAACACUUCCAAACAACUGCUAUCAACAGCAUCAGUAAAAAGAAAACCGAAAGUAAAGCGUAUUUGCUAUGGCUUCAGACACGAACUCUUGCCAUCUUGCUACUUCACAUUAGACAACUUUUAACUUAAGAUGCAGGACCUUGAAAAUUUGUAUUUUUAAAUAACAUCCUCUGCUGUAAAGACAAAAUAUGUAUAUUUAUCAACAGGAGAUUUUUUAAAAAUUACAAAAUAUUAUUCGUUCACAUUUUGUCUGUUCAGCACCUGUUUUUUUUCUAAGUCAGCAAUUUCAGGAUCUGAAGCAGAAACCAAAGACUGCUUGUUCUAUUAGUUUAGCUAACGUUGCUCCAAAUGAAACCAGUAAUCUUGUCAUUUGGUUGCAAUUUAUUCUGUAUAUAGAUGCCAAAAUACUGGGCUCUUGAUGUUAUUUCUAUUCCUGAAAGUGUAUUUAAGCAAUAUUUAAAAGGAUGCUGAAACACCACAGAUUUAUAAAUGUCUUGUAAGAACUCUUUUUCAUAA